AAUUUGAGGCGGAAUCACACACUCCGCUCUCUGGACACAACCUGAGAUUAACUCGGUAAACCGCGACCGACUCGAGCUCAGAUCAGGGCUCGAUCAUGACUCAUGGCGAUGACUGCUGCACAUCGGCAGAAGACGGAGCGGAGAGCGACCAGCUGCAGCCUCUCAUCCUGGAAAGAAUCGAGAAGGAAAAGUCCAAAAGCUGGAAAUCCGUUGUGUCACAUCGUCUAAAGAAACACUGCUCGUGCACCCCAAAGAAAGCUAAAUCCAAAGUACUGGGUUUCGUCCCGAUUCUGACGUGGCUGCCGCGCUACCAGCUCAGGGAGUGGAUCCUGGGCGAUGUCAUGUCGGGACUGAUUGUGGGAAUCCUGCUGGUCCCUCAGUCCAUUGCGUACUCCUUGUUAGCCAGUCAGGACCCCAUCUACGGUCUCUAUACUUCUUUCUUCUCGUCCAUCAUCUACGCCCUCUUAGGCUCCUCUAAGCACAUCUCAGUGGGGAUCUUUGGGGUGCUCUGCCUGCUGGUGGGUCAGGUUGUGGACAGGGAGUUAGCUUUGGCAGGAUACCUCACAGAAAGCGGCAGCAGCGGAAACAGCAGCGCCGUCCUGCUGGCCGGCCAGGGGAACGGCAGCGUGGAAUGUGACCGAAGCUGCUAUGCAAUCACAGUGGGAGCUACCGUAACGUUUACCGCCGGAGUUUACCAGGUGCUGAUGGGCAUCUUCCAGGUUGGUUUCGUCUCAGUCUACCUCUCAGACUCCCUUCUCAGCGGCUUCGCUACAGGAGCCUCCCUCACCAUCCUCACGUCCCAGUUCAAGUACCUUCUGGGCCUGAAGAUCCCCAGACCUCAGGGCUGGUUCACUCUGUUUAAGACCUGGUACAGUGUGCUCACCAACGUGGGAAACACCAACAUCUGUGACCUGGUGACCAGUUUGGUGUGUUUGCUGGUACUGAUACCCACCAAAGAGCUCAACGAUCGCUUCAAAGCCAAACUCAAGGCUCCAAUCCCCUUUGAGCUCUUCGUGGUGGUAAUCGCGACGCUGGCUUCUCACUUUGGCCGCUUCAACGAAGACUACGGGUCGGGCGUGGCUGGUGACAUCCCCACAGGCUUCCUCCCUCCCCAGCUGCCGAUGUGGAGUCUGAUCCCCAACGUAGCUGUGGACGCCUUCUCCAUCGCCAUCGUGGGAUUCGCCAUCACCGUCUCACUGUCAGAGAUGUUUGCCAAGAAGCACGGCUACACGGUGGACGCCAACCAGGAGAUGUACGCCAUCGGCUUCUGCAACAUCCUGCCGUCGUUCUUCCGCUGCUUCACCACCAGCGCUGCGCUGACCAAGACCCUCGUCAAGGAGUCAACAGGGUGCCAGACUCAGGUAUCAGGGCUGGUCAGCGCUCUGGUCCUGCUGCUGGUGCUGCUGGUUAUCGCGCCACUUUUCUAUUCCCUUCAAAAAUGUGUAUUAGCCGUCAUCAUCCUGGUUAACCUUCGCGGAGCUUUAAGGAAGUUCAGAGACAUUCCCGCCAUGUGGCGCGUCAACCGCGUCGAUGCGUGCAUCUGGCUGAUCACCAUGGCAACCUCUGCGCUGGUCAACACAGAGCUCGGUCUGCUUGUGGGGGUUUUGGUGUCAGCGCUCUGCGUCCUGGGCCGAACGCAGAAAGCCCAGGUCCUGGAGCUUGGUCGGGCUCCGACCAGGGAGCACUACGAGGACCUGUCGUCUUACCGCGGCCUUCAGACACACCCUGGAGUGGCUGUUUUUAGGUACGAAGCUCCAAUCUAUUACGCCAACCAGAGCUUGUUCAAAAAAUCUCUCUACAGGUGCGUAGGACUCGAUCCUUUGAAGGAGAAAACUCGGCUAAUGAAGCUCAAGAAGAAGAAAAGACAGCAAGGAGAGGUUGCAGGAGUCCAGAAUAUGAAGUCGGACGGUGCAAUGAAAGAGGGUGACGCUGAAGCCGGUGCGACCACAACCUUGAUGCUCGACAAGAAAUCUUCCCGUAGCGUACGCAGCUUGGCGAUCGACUGCAGCGCCGUCCUGUUCCUGGAUACAGCUGGAGUGAAUGCUCUGAAAGAGGUCCGCAAAGAUUAUGGAGAAGUUGGGAUCAAAGUGGUCCUGGCUCACUGUAAUACCUCAGUACUGGACGCACUGGAGAGAGGCGGAUACUUCCCCGACAAAAAAGGAAGUGAUGAAGGAGAGAACAAACUUAUAUUCUUCACCAUCGCAGAUGCCAUCCAUUAUGUCCAAAGCCUCUCAGCUCCGAACGGAGAUUAUGACACCAAAUGUUAAGGAAGGUCCAUCCAAAUAUCUGUUUACAUAAAUGCAGUUUUACAGUUCACACAGUAAAAGACAAAGGUCCAUUACAGCCUCGGUGCCUUGUGAUGCUGCAGUGAUUUCUGGAAUGCAAGAAUCCCACAUCUAUCCUCCAUAACUUUUAAAUAACUUUUAAAUGGAGCCAAAUUACAUAGUCCUUAUAGUAAAAAGUGAAACUGCACAAUGGCAACAUCUGUACUUCAAUUAAAGUUACAUUUUCUCUUUUUUGCACACGUACACCCAAACAGCUUCAUAAACAGUCACCCACCAACACUGCACCGACAGUUAUUCAGGGCUCUGACUACUUCAAGCCAGUGAGAUUUAAGACUUUUUAAGACUCUUUUAAUGCCACUUGAAUUUAAAUUUGACAUUUUUUUACAGUGGCCAAUAUUGAAGGAAAAAAAACAUGUACCAACAUCAAUUACUUAAGGUAAAGGGGAAAUUUUAUUCCAUGUCUAUGAAUUUUCAAAGAUUGAUUUAAGAUAAUUUAUUGUGGAUUGUGGCCGUAUUUGUUUUAGUUUAAACACCAGAGAACACGCUAAAAGUAGGUAAUAGACAAUAUGAUUUUAUGGGAUUAGCGCAGCAUGGAGGCCAGAGAAAAUGUUACAGCGGUUACCUUCUUUUUAUCUGUUAUUGUUACUAUUCAGUUGCUUUUCAAACUUGACUGACUAAUUUGGAACAAUUUUUAAGCGCUGCUUGUACAGAAAUGGAAGGAGGUUAUGGUGGUGCGUCAUUGCAUCAGGCCAGAAAAGGAGCAAAAACAACAAUAACUGCGUAAUGUUUUUAUCACUGCCAAUCAAAGUCGAUCAGAACUGGAGACGGGGAAUAGCUGUGACUAAUGCAGUCAUUGGUCCGGUGUUGAUUGUAACCGUUCUUAUUUAAGACAAAAGCCAGAUGUUGGUGUUUUGUUCUUGUUUUUUUUUUUCUAUAGAGAAAGUGGCUUUAGAGUCACAUCCUAACUCAUUUUAAAACUGUGACCCUUAAAGUUACAGCUAAUGUUAAGGUAACAUGUUUUGUAUAAUAGUGCAUUUUUAAUGAUCAGUUUUUAAUGCUACCUUAAGUGCCCCUGCAACUGAGUGGCAUCCAGAGUUGCUGAUAACUUUUAUUAUAUAUCUCAGCAAAGGACCAUAGGUAACUAAAAUUAUAUAUAAUUUACUCACAGAGUCCUUGCCCAUAAAUUGCAAUCCUGGAAAAAUGUGCAACUUCCACCUGUUACUCUGUGAGGGCAGAUAAUGUCUGUUGUAGGUUGGGAUAUGUGCAAAAAAGUAAAAAGGUCUGUAGUGGAGAAAUCUGUUUCUAGAGGAACUCUGAAACUUAUGUUUAUGAAGUUUAUGAUCUCACAAGUCAUCACUCUAAAGGUCUGAUCCUCUAAAAUGAAACAUGCAGUUUUUCUACAGAUCAGAAUCUUACUUUCUGCCUUUAAUAUUUUUUUUUUUCUGAACAUGAUUGUAAUGUAACUGAUUAAAGUUACAUAAUGCAGUUUUCUCUAACACCAGUGAUAAUCAAAGGAGAAGGGUUUUUUUGGGGGAAAUACUUGAUCAUGUUUACAAAGCCAUAAUGCAGUCAAUGCACACUGACUGUUAGAUGAAUGGGAGAGAGUGCUUGACUCGCGCAGACAAACACCAGUACAGUUUCCAUUUACUUUGUAUUUUGCAAGAUUCACGUUUCUGUGCCUUUAGCGAUAUCUGUAUAUUGUGCAAAUAUUUAAAUUCUACAUUUGUUCUUAUCAGGUCUUCUGACAUAUGCAUAGAGCACCUUUUGAUUUUACAACCUCUAACUUCUUUGCAGAUAUUUUAUAAAAACAAAAGGUUAUGUUGUUUGAAAUGAUCGACCUUGUUUCGGGACAGAUGUCCUCAGCUCUGGUGUUUUUUCUAUGCUGGAAGCUCUGUACUGAAUGUCACUUUGAUAUAGUGCUUUAUGUUUGUCUACAAUCUAUGUUUGCUGAGGGUGACAGCUUUACUGACUGUUACUGUAACUCGGUAAUUACACAACUGUCAGCUGUGUGAUGAAUGGGAUCAAAGUUCGAUUUUAAGGAACUGUGAUCUGCAGUGAGUGCCAUGUGAGAUUUACACCAAAACAGCCUCCUUGAGUUUGUUUUGUUCAAUAUAAUGUUGAAUUGCGUCGUCAAUCCUGGAAACAGCUCAUUUCUUUGUGUGUAAGAAAUUGGCUCAAGAAAGCAAGCCAGUUUUUUGUUUAAUAAAUUAUUAGAAAUUGUUAUUAUUUAAAUUAUGGAGGUCCAGUCAUUUCUUUUCGGUAAUACAGGAAUGCUCAGGGUUGACUACACGAUGCUGUGUUUUAAGUUAAGGGUACCCUGUGGAGAUUUUCUUUACUUAUGGCAGUGCUGUGGAACUUUUGAUUGGGUCUCACACUAAAUACUGUUUAUCAAAAGUUGUUUAAAGUUUCACAGAGGGUCGUGAGGCCUUCUUGAUUUAAAGGUAUGUAAGAAAACUUAACAACUUUGUUGUGGAAGGAAUCAAACAUCAGAUAUCAGUUUAUUCUUUCAGCACAACAGAGCUGGAAACUCACUACACCUGAACUCAA